GAGAGAGAGAGAAAGGAGCUCUGUCGCUUCUGAACCAUGGUAAAGGGUACCUAAUACCCUGGUGUCAAGAGUAUGAAGUUAAUAACUGCAAAUAAUUCAUAACAAUUUAGGUUAGAAAUUAAUAUUCUAAUAUGUGUAGAUAAAUAAUUACUGCCAAAAAACUCAUAUAUUACGCAAGAACCUUUUGUUAUUCACUCUCGCGGUAAUCGGUGUAACUAUGUUUGACCCUCUCGAGAUACCGUUGUUAGGAGUCCGGAAGUAUGUGGAGCAGGACAAGAAGAAAGUUGUCCCAUUAUUAAGUCGACUAACAAUGAUAUUUUCAUUCGAAAUGAAUGUGGAUUUCAUUCACACAUCUUCCAUGAAUCACUAUCUUUCACACUACUCCUGAGCAGUGAAGCCUGAAUGUCUACGAAGAUCCAAGCAGCCAAAAUGAGUCCUGAGGAGUCAGGCAAGGACGUGGACAUGUGCUCGUCCCUCCGGUGCCUAGGCUACCUGUCCAGUCUAAAUCUGCUGGUAGCUGUAUGUCUGGGCAUGUAUGUGCGGUGGGAGCACACCUCUGAACCAACCAUCUUGGUCAUCUUCAUCCUGGGCCUCUUUGUCUUGGGUAUUUCCAGCAUCCUGCACUAUUACUUCUCCAUGGAUUGGGCUAGCCUGAGCCUGUUCCACCUGUGGUUUGGUUUCCUGCAGGGCCUCCUGUGCUUCCUCAAUAGCCCUUCUCUGGAGACUGACGUAAAAGAGCAGGUCACAAGCUACCUGUUGCUGGCUAGUGUGGCUGUGCGGUCACUAUGGGCCCUGACUGAACGCAUGUGUGACAGUCCCAGCUACCAGAGGGGUGUGCUCACCUCGGCAGAGCUGCAUGAACUCCUGGGCUUUGCUAUUGCCAGCACCUCUAUGGUGCUGCACAAGUCUGGCGCGGUCAUUGCUCUGCUGGCUGCUCUGGCGGCCAUCAUCAUCGACUUGCGCAUGAAGUCUCUGCUGGCCCUUCCUAACCUGGUCUUCUUUUCUGUAGUCAUCUCUGUUACCUUCUUCCAGGCUCUAAGAGUCCAUACUAACCCCUUCGCCUUAGGCUGCUACCUGGGCCGGCUCAUUUGCGAGCCUCUCCUGGACGUCUACUUCAGUGGGCUGUCUGUGACCGAGCGCUGGAUGCCUUUCCUGCUGACUGGCCGGCUGUGGCGAAGGCUCUCUCUGCUGCCGCUGGCCGUUGCAGAGAUGACAUUCUUUGUGCUGUGUGCCUUAAAGCUGAGUGACCUGCAGUUCUGGUACCUAGUCAUCCCUGGCUUCUGUGUGUUCGGCCUCUUCUGGAUCCUGUGCCACAUGGUGUUACUGAUCACAGUGUGGGGUUUCCACACCAAGCUUAGCGAGUGCCAGAAGGUCCGAGCUGCCCAGCGGUCAGACGUUCGCACCAUUGACAGGGUCAUGGCCUCUAGGGGGAUGCGCCAUUUCUGCCUGAUCUCUGAACGCCUUGUGUUCUUCAGUCUGGUCUCUACUGCCAUACUAGGGGCUGUCUCAUGGCAGUUAUCCAACGCUCUCUUCAUGAGCAUGUUCCUCAUGGUGCUCUCUUUGGAGUCUCUGGCACACGGGCUCUUCCAUGAGUUGGGGAACUGCCUGGGAGGGACUUCUGUGGGAUACGCUGUGAUCGUUCCUAUCAAUUUCUGCAGCGUGGACGGGCAACCGGCACUGCUGCCCCAUGAGCAGGUUCUGGAGCUGAACGCGCGCUCCACGGCCAUGCUCAGUGCUGUGCAGCGCCUCUUCUCGCACCACCUGGUCCAGACGUUUGGCUGCGACUACUCCACCAGCGGCCUGGCCCUGGAGGCACUGCAAGCCAAGCUGCGCUCCUUCCUGGAGCUGCGCACGGCAGACGGCCCGCGCCACGACACCUACCUCAUCUACUACAGUGGCCACACACUGCCCAGUGGAGACUGGGCCCUCGCAGGUGGUGACUGCCUGCGCUUGGAGCAGAUCCUAGAUAUGUGGAAGGAGCGCAACGUCGGCUUCUCCUCCCGCCUCCUCCUGGUACUGGACACGGCGAAUGCCAUGCCGUGGGUGAAGGCGGUGCGCAGGGUGGAGGGCCUGUACGUGGCCGUGCAGGGCGCCGAGCUGAGUCCCGCGGGGGAUGCCGAGAGCCAGAACGGGCCCCGCCUGGGUGACUUCACCUCCGAGUGGGUGGAGUACAACUGCAACCCAGACAGUGGUGUGCAGUGGUCAGAGCAAGGCCGGCUAGUCACCGCCACGUACGGCGUGUCCAAGUGCUGGAGCGACUACACCCUGCACCUGCCCACGGGCUGCGACGUAGCCAAGCACUGGAAGACCUACUUCCCUCGGGCCACCUACCCGCUAGUGACUGUGGCCAACUGGUGCUGUGGGCUCAACCUGCUGUGGCUGUGCAGUGCCUGCUUGCGCUGCAUCCGAAGACUCAAACUGGUCUGGUUUCCCCCAACAGUGCUGGACACGGGCCAGGGAAUCAAACUGGUGCGGUCGUAGACCAAAGCCUCUGGUGCAAUGUGCUACAUUUACACAGAACGCAUGCCUUAUUUUAUAUGCCUUCUCUUCUGCUGUCUGGGUUGGUUUAAAAGAUUCAGAAAAGCUUAAAAAUAUGUAUAUGACUACCAGUUAGCAUCAUGCUGGCUAACUGGUGGUCAUAAGGUAACUUUUCCUAUUAGUUGUCUUAGCCUCGUAAGCACAAAAUAUGUAAUGGCUAAUUACGUACAGUUGAGGUAAGUGAUACAUUUGUCUAAAUUUCCCUGAACCAUUGUUUUUAAGUGCUCUUUCUUUAGCUUUGCCUUUGGUCUCUUAGAAGUCAGUGCUUCAGCAUGUUGAAAUUGUGCUGUCUCUGCGUGCCUUACAUAGCCACUGCUCUUCCCGUCCUGGAUUGAAACAGGGCAUCUGUGGAUGCACUAAGAUCAAAGUUUUGUGCCAGUGCUGAUUAUUCCUAUUGUCUAAACUGACCAAGACCAAUGCCAAUUGCUAUCAACUGCAGUGAAAAAUAUGAAGGAUAGUAGAUAACAUCAAUCAGGUUUAGCAAUUUAUUGCUGUUAAAAUCAGCAUAGUGUUCUUUUGGUUUAUUCUUAUUAGUCAACUGUAUGAUUUGGAUAUAGAUAAUUACACUGGUAGUAAAUGUCAGUGAAACUACCAUUAAAUCCACACAAUAUUAGAUUUUUAUAUUGGAUUAUUUUAGAAAGUACCAAUAUAAUACCGCCUCUCCAUUAUUGUGUAGCAAUCAGGGUCGUGGAAUGGUCGUAGGUUCCUCAGUAGCUGACUUUUACGUGCCUUGGACUAUGCUCCCACACAAACAUGUAAUAUGAUUUGUAUUUAUUUCAAGUGCCUUUUUUUGUGUGGGGGUGGUUGAUUUAAAGUGAUUAUCAGAAGCCUAUGUUUGUUUUUUUUCCUAUAAUAAAAGUUUAAUAAAAUAUGA